UUCUAGAGUUAUCCUUCUAAGUCAGUUUUAUUCGAUGUUCUACAUAUCGUGAGCGACAUCUAACGCUUGACCAAUAAAAUUUAAGCGUUACUUGACGAACCAAUGGGAUUCGAAAACCACGAAUAGCUUGGAAUGCAUCCCUGCGCUCAAUAAUGGUUAUUAGUAUCAUUGGCACGAGAGUCGAAAAGUUGAUUGUAUUAAAAAUUAAACUCUAACAUGGCAGUGCUGGGCAUGGCGAAUUGUACGAAAGCCAUGCAAUAAAUAUGGUCGCGGUCUGGAAUUAAGGCUUCCCAGUCUAGCUUAAAGUAAACCUCGACGAUAUUGUCCUAAAUUCAAACAAGCCUCCACAGUUCUAUAAGUUAUCCUUAACAAGAAGCCAUGGCAUCUACGAUGGCCGUGCCAGCCGGUUCGGUUAGUGGCGAUGAUGCUGAAAACGACUUUGAAGAACGUGGCGCCACUUUUUCUGGAAGUCCUGGGUAUGCAGGGAGUCCUUCGUACGGUGUACCUGGAGAUGCUCUUGAAGAAUCAAUCCGUUCUGCUGGCGAAGCUGGUGAACAGGAAUGUGCUGUAUGCUGUAGCAAACUUUGUGCACCGAGAGUUCUCUCCUGUCUACAUGUCUUCUGCGAGGCUUGCCUCGAUAAACUCCUUAUCGAUGAGGCUGGUGAUUCCAAGCUGGCCUCAGUGCUCAAUUGUCCCUUAUGUCGACAAGAGACCAACGUUGGCGCAAAAGGCGCUGCAUCUCUUGCUGUUGACUAUGUCCUGACCAAUAUUCUGGAUAUGUCUGCCAUUGAGAACAUGGCUGUUCUCUGUACCUCGUGUAAAGCCAAGGAAAAUGCUGUUGCAAGGUGCUCGGACUGCGCCAAUUUUCUCUGCCCCAAUUGCAAUACAGCACACCAAUUCAUGAGAUGUUUUGAGAGUCACAAAGUCGUUGCUUUUGAAGAUCUCAAAAGAUCUAACGAAAGAAUACCAAUCCACAAGCCGAUAUUCUGCACCUGCCAUCCAGCUGAGAAUAUGAAGUUCUUUUGUUAUACGUGCCAGGAACCAAUUUGCAACGAGUGUCUUCUCGUCGAACACAAAGCACCAGAUCAUCAGUACGAGCGUCUUUCCGACGCCGAACCAAGACAAAAGGAAGAACUGGCAGGUCUGAUGGCAGAGAGUAAAGCCAGAAUUGCUGAUUGUGACCAGGCAUCCUCUCAGCUGGAGAAUGCCCUGAGCGAGCUGCAGGUGCAGCACGACCAAGCCAAGGACCUCAUUGUCGAAACCUUCCAGAGUUACAAGGCCGUCCUAGAGAAGUGCCGCGACAGUGCUCUGGAAGAUCUCGAGAAGUUGCAUUCAGAACGAGAACUUGAAAUCAUGGACACCUUCCACAGUGUGGAGAAGACCGUGGAGAAGAUCGAAGAUGCUUGUCGAUUUACCAGUCGCCUCCUGGAACACGGUGACGCCGUAGAGAUCCUCGCUCUGCGUCGUGUUGUAGGGACACAAUUAAUCAAUCUCAUCAAGAACACGCCAAAGCCAAAUGUCACAUUCUCCAUCGAAUUUCAAACAGACUACAAUCACUUUGAGAAAACCGUCAAGGAAGCUUUUGGCAAGUUCAGGACAGAGAAUACCUCAGCUUCAAAAGCUCCACAAGAGUUGCUGCCUGCAGUGCAACCAAUACCCCCAGUACAGCCUACUGUCCAGAUACCAGUACACACCUCAAUAGGAUGUGCAGGGUCCCUGAGCACCAGCUCACCGAUUUCCCUUCCUGCGUCAAUGCAAUCCUCUUUUGAAGGUGAACCUUCCUUUGUAAUACCACCAACAUCCAGCCCUCAGAAUGUUCCUCCACCACCGCCACCUGUCUCUCUUCCCCCAGCUGCUCAGAUCCACGGUCUGACAAGCAUCCAGGAGUACAACCUUCAGCAACUUGCGAGCCUUGCAGAGAAGGUCGACAUGGUUGGCGACAGUGCGGUCGGCGUGGAGCCUACUUCCAAUCCCAGCCCUACCCCGUCUUUUACCUUGGCCGACCUCUUCGCCGGCGACCUCAGUUCAACCAGUCACGCAAUGAAUAACCUUCAGGCUCUUGCGAAACUGGGGAACACGCUGGGAAAUCAAGACUUGGGUAACGCGACCUUGAAUGGUGGUGGAAGUCUUGUCCUCGGACGUGGACCUUCGCCAGGGAUCGUUGACACACCAAAUCUUGGACCUCUUGCUUCGAACAGUAUUCUAAACGGAGGAUUUCAGUCUCUCUCAUCGUCCACGUCGCCAAUACUCUCGCAGGCACCAGUGGUAGGUAACACAGUGGGGAGUGUCAAUGGCAGCGGUACUGGGAACUAUGCCCACGCACGCUCUAGUAAUCCAAAGCUCACGCCGAUGCAGAUUCGUAGUAAGUUUGGCCAGUUGGGACCCAGCAAGGGUCAAUUCAAUUCGCCUCAUGGGUUCUGUCUGGGUACCGACGAAGACAUCAUCGUUGCCGAUACGAACAAUCAUCGAAUUCAGGUCUUCGAGAAAACUGGAACCUUCCGCUUUCAAUUUGGUAUUCCUGGCAAGGAAGAGGGUCAACUCUGGUACCCGAGGAAGGUGGCCGUGAUGCGCAACAGUGGGAAGUUCGUUGUCUGCGACAGAGGGAACGAACGUUCUCGUAUGCAGAUAUUCACAAAGAACGGACAUUUCAUUAAGAAAAUUGCCAUUCGUUACAUCGACAUCGUGGCCGGUCUCGCUGUUACCAGUCAGGGUCACAUUGUUGCCGUGGAUAGUGUCUCACCUACGGUCUUCAUCAUCAGCGACACUGGGGACCUGAUGCACUGGUUCGACUGUAGCGACUAUAUGAGAGAGCCGAGCGAUAUCGCCAUUAGUGGAAAAGAGUAUUUCGUCUGCGACUUCAAAGGACACUGCGUGGUCGUUUUCGACGAGGCAGGACACUUUCUGCGUCGCAUCGGCUGUGAGAAUAUAACGAAUUUCCCAAACGGGAUAGACAUUAGCGAUGCCGGGGACGUUCUGAUCGGUGACUCUCAUGGGAAUCGCUUCCACGUCGCCGUAUUCUCCAGAGACGGUUCCCUCAUUUCCGAAUUCGAGUGUCCCUAUGUCAAGGUAUCACGCUGUUGCGGUCUCAAGAUAACCUCGGAGGGUUACAUAGUGACCUUGGCCAAGAAUAAUCAUCACGUCCUCGUUCUGAACACUCUUUACAUAUUGUGAGGUAAGAUCAGACCAAUGACCCUUAAAUCGUCUUAAACUUCCUUAGCACCCGGGCGCCCUAUUGGUGAAUCGGGUGCCACUCAACGAAGCAGCAGCGGCAAGCAGCAGCAGCAAAUGUAAAUGCCAAGGAAAAGUGUUAAGAAAAAGAACAUUAAGCAAAAAAAGGAAAAAAAAAGGAUGUUGAAAACCGACGUUAGAGCACGGCGAGAAAAAAUCCAAAAAAACGAAAAAGCAGUAACGUUAAUAUUAUUAAACAAAAGGAAUAAUAAGAAACACGCGAGAUAUAGUGAGAUAGGGGAAAAAAAAGAGUGAGAAUAAGUGAAAGAGAAAUUUUAAAUGAAGACAGAUCCGAUUUUAAUUAUGACGAUCUGACCUUCGGGCCUAUCGAAGCAAUAGAGCGAGCAGCAUGCAGCUUUAAUAGUCCUAUUACGAUCGUAACCGUGCGUCCCGUUAGAAAUAUGUCCAUGAAAGUAUACAAGCGUUGUGGGAAUCUCUCGGCGACGACGUUCCACCAGGAGUCGCGCGACCAAUUCAUUCCUCACGAGUUAUUUAGAUGUAUAGAAGACGUAAAACGAAGCAAACCAAGACAAGAGGUACAGGAGAACAAAAAAAAAAUAGAAAAAAAAAACGAAGAAAAGGACCCAGACACGAACGAGGACAAAAGAAAGCACCCCCCGAUGACUUAGAGAAACAAGGGAAUAAGCGAAUCGCAGCAAAACAGUCGAGUCUGUAAAGUAAAACUGGCAAUUGGUAAAUAAUACCGUAGAAAAGUCAGACGCAUGUCUAGGUGGCAAGAAUAAUUAAAGAAAGAUUUAAACGAUGAGAAACGACGAAGGAAACGCUAGAGAACAAGAAAAAAAGAAAUAGAGAUAAUCAUUGGGGAACCUUCAGAAAAUACGAGCUUCGAUAACCACGCUGUUUAGGAUGGCCUUCUUUUUUCCCCAUCCGUGAGCGAGAACCAAGGGAGCACGAAACUGGCGUCAAGGAGGCAAGAGGAAAGGGGAGAAAAAGAAAAAAAAAGAUAAAACGAAAAAAAAAUGGAAUAUACACAUAUACGAGAAGAAGAUGGAGGUCGUGUAAGAUGAUGAAGAUUACUUCAACAGGCUAGCCAGAGUAGUGGCCUGCCAGUAUUUUUUAAGCACGUUCGUUUAUUAAUCAAAUCGAUUUCUAGUCCCGGACGGGAUCGGCCCUCGCGAUUCCAGGGAAUAAUCCUCGUUGCGGCCACAGACCUUAUCCUCAACCCAGCCUCACCCCGCUUCGCCUCUUUCCCUGGGUUAAAGGUCGCAAACCUGAGGGUCGGCCUUUCAAACGUCCGUUACAGCGUUGCAUGCUGCAAAAGGUAGUUGCUAGUACUCCUGCUCCUUACCAUAUCGUAUUUCUAAUGGAAGAGGCCACCACGUGUCAUCGGGUAAAACGCACGCCCUUGGAGUGUCCCGAGCCGCGACACGAGAAAAUGAAAAAGAAAAAAAAUAUAUAUAUAUAAACCCUUACGCGAGACCUCGAGGAAGCCAAAUCCCGUCGCACUCUCGUCGGGAUGACUUCGUCGAGGGUCUCCUCGUUACGCACCAACGACUUUAAGCAGUCAGUGUGGGGAGAGAAGUAUGAGAGAUUGCGCGUACGAGAGAGAGAGAGAGAGAAUGACAAAGAGUAAAUAAGAGAGAAACAGUGAUAAGAAAAAAAGGGAAGAGAGAGAGAGAGAGCUCAAAGCCAAUAUUUUAUUUCAACUUAUUCUUCUCGGAAUAAGAGAAGUCUAGAUAAUUUGAUCGAUUUACGAAUACGAUUCCUUUCAUUCUCUGGGAAUCUUUUGUUCCAUAAUCAUAUAUGUAUAUAUAUAUAUAUAUAUAUAUCUCCUGGAAUCGUACUUGUGAUUAUCGAUCAUUAUCAUUUGUAUAAAUCUCUUAUCUAUAUAUAAUUGUUCAAUCGACAGGACUCCUCGGCGAUGUCGCGCAUAAUCUUCCCUGAAAAAGAAAAAAGUAAGAAAAGGCUUUUUACGCCAAAAAGUCCUGUCUCGACAAUUAUCCUUACCUUUAUCUCUCGCUCUCUUUCGCCCUCUCUCUUUCUCGCUCUCCCCCUCUCUCUCAUUUCCUCUAGCAUUCUACAAUGCGUGCAUGUGUACCAGCGAUAUAUCGUCUGAUUGUAUACAUACAUAUAUAUAUAUAUAUAUAUAUAUAUAUAUUGUCCCUCGUAUACAAUGCCUAAUAAUAAUUAUAAUCCAAGAACGAGCGCCUUUUUCGGAAUGAGCUCGGAAUGCUACCGGUUUGCAUUUCUAGAAGAUUCCAAAGAGAAAAAUAUAAGGGGAAAGAAAGAAAAAAAGAUAAUCUCGACGGGCAUAUCAGUGUCUCGGGGGGUGGGGGAGCCUGCGACGUCCUCGCGAUGACAUAUUACCAUGUCCUUACGGCGAAGGACACUCCGUUUUAAUUCCCCUCCUUUCGCCUUGAACCUCAACUCCCCCGCUCACCCACCCACUCGCCCACCCAUCCCCUUUUUUCGUCGCGGCGUUGUUAAGAAUUAGACCUUGACACAUACAAUAUUUACUCAGGAUGCUUUAUUAUGGUCCACCGUACGAAUACGUAUAUACAUAAUCGCGUGUGAAAACAAAAAUAUAUAUAUAUAUAUCUAUAAGAUCGUGGUUGGUGGUGCUAUACAUAUUGCGAGUAAAGAGAGAAAGAAAAGGAACGAAGUUGAGGAAGAGAGAGUGAGAGAGGGAGAGAAAGAGCAUUUGGGUAGGGGUAAAGGGGUGGGAGGGGCAUGUGUGUGCGAAUGCGUAAAUUUAAAAUAUCGAGGGUGGGACUUAACGGGAAGGUCUUUUUUCUCCAAAAAUUAUAUUAAAAUUUGUAAUAACGCGAAUAUACCAGGGAAACGUGUGGGAAUGCCACUUAGUAACGCAAUAAAAGAAUUAAGCCACCCUUGUUACGUUGACGUUGCGCGGAGACUCGUAAACUAUCAGACGUUAAGAUUCUUAGGUAAAUUCAACGAUAACGCCUUUACUUUAUGUAAAUAGGACACGCACCGUGAUUAAAGAAUACAAAAAAAAAAUUAAAGAUACUGAUUGUACACUGGCGUGCAACAAUUGUUUGUGGAAGGGGGAGGUCAGUAAAGAUAAAAAAAGACAACACCUGUACACCCGUGAAUACAAGCAGACACAUCUACACGUAAACAAAAAAUAUAUAUAUAUAUAUGAAAAUAUAUUAAAGUGAAUUAUACACUUAUACAUUUAUAUAUAUACAAGAGUGUGACAUAAACGUGGUUAUAUUACGACAGGACAGACAGGACACGUACACCUAUAUAGAGACAAGAUAUUUUUUAGGGUGGUUUACACGAUCAGCCUUAAAACGAACGAACCGGCACCGGUCCUUUUCCGUAUUAAAAGUGAAAAAUGGAUAUCGAUUCUGCAGCAUAUAAAAAAAAAAAAAAAGUAAUAAAUAAAGGGGGACAGGUUACUCGCGAAGGAGAUAUUAGGGGACAAAAGGAUAUUUUGGGUGGGUUCGGGUAAACCCAGGGGUGAGCGGAAGAAAGAUUCUAUUGAAGCAUAGAAUAUAUAGGACGCUUAAAACGUGGUGAAGUACUAUUUUUCAUUUUUGGUCGAUCUCAGAUUUUUUGUUGUAAUCGUUAAAUGAUUUUUUCUUUUGUUUUUUUUUCCGUUUUAUUCCCUUUUGCCGUGCUCUUGGUUACGCGCGUUUGUUUUUUUUAUUGUCCUUUUCUUUCUUCGUCUUUCGUCUCUCUUGGCUUUAUUUAUUUUUUCUUUUUUUUUCGCCACGUUUCAAAAACUCGAACUGGAAUUUAUCGCGGGAUUCUUGGGAAAUCAGUGGAAACUUUGCAGAGCUUUAUUUUCCUUUUCUUUAUGCAAUUUACCAAACUCGAGGGAAACGCGACGAAGAGUUAAAAAGAAAAUCUGUAUGAAUAUCGACCAAGAGAUUGGAACGUUAGGGGGGAUGGAAAAAAAGAAAAAUAAUGGAGAGCACUAUACAGUAUGAUACAAUUUGAAAAAUAAAUGAUUUUUUUCGAGUUGCGGUGUUGAUUCUAGUGAAUGUUACGGAUAAGUUAGGAGGAAGAAAAAAAAAAGGGAGAAAAUGAUAAACCAACACAUAUUUCUAUUAGUCACGGUAUAUAUUAUUAUAAUUAUUAUUACUAUCAUUACUAUAGAGCCAACAGUUGGACGAGAGUGUCCGAUAAGGGAUGCGAUUACGAUCUGAAUAGGUCAGGAAGAAAAUAAUGGCUGAGUUGUCAUGAAAAAGAAAAAAAAGAAAAAAAAA